AUGGCAGCCCGUUUCACUAUUAAAAAUGGAGUACGGAUGGUUGAGUCUCUGUCACUGGACGAUCUUAUGGUCUUUCUGAAUGAAAAAAAAUUUGAAGCUGCAGAAAGUGAAGUAAAACGAGAGAGGAGAAGAUCUGCGGCUUCAACUGCUUGUUCAUAUCAAGUAAAUUGUCAUGAGACAAAUUCAUUACAACCAGAGGAAAUGGUUGGGCAUCUAAAAAGCAAUCUAGGUUCUCGUGGACAGGUGGUUCACAUUGAAAAGAUUAGUGGCCGGAGUGCCGAGUAUGCUGAAAUACCUUCUCAGCUUUCUGAAAAUAUGAAGUUUGCAUUGGAGCGUGUAGGAAUUACUAAGUUGUAUAGUCACCAAGCCAAGUCAAUCCAAGCCUCCCUAGCUGGUAAAAAUGUGAUUGUGGCAACCAUGACAUCUAGUGGGAAAUCCCUCUGUUAUAAUAUUCCAGUUUUAGAAAUGUUGUCCCAUGAUCCAUUAGCUUGUGCUUUGUAUCUGUUCCCUACAAAGGCUUUGGCUCAAGAUCAAAUGAGAGCUUUGUUGUCUAUUAGCAAAGGACUUGACGAUAGCCUAAAUAUUGGUAUAUACGAUGGGGACACUUCUAUGGAAGAUAGACUUUGGCUUCGGGAUAAUGCCCGUCUGUUAAUCACAAAUCCAGACAUGUUACAUGUCUCAAUUUUACCGUUCCAUGGGCAAUUUAGGCGAAUAUUGUCAUAUCUUAGGUUUGUUGUUAUUGAUGAAGCUCAUUCUUAUAAGGGGGCAUUUGGUAGUCAUGCUGCUCUAAUAUUCAGACGGCUUCGUCGAAUCUGUUCUCACGUUUAUAGCAGCGAUCCUUCUUUCAUAUUCAGUACUGCAACUUCUGCCAAUCCGCAGGAGCACGCUAUGGAACUAGCUAAUCUACCGGCAGUUGAAGUGAUUGCAGAUGAUGGUAGCCCUUCUGCUUUAAAGCUUUUUAUGCUCUGGAAUCCUCCUUUAUGUCUGAAAACUGUUUGGAAGAGAACAAAGGCCAGCUUGGGGGCAAACAAAUCCGUUAAUAAAGUUGUGGUAGAUGGACGCUCAAGCCCUAUCUUGGAAGUUUCACAACUCUUUGCAGAGAUGGUUCAGCAUGGUCUACGUUGUAUUGCCUUCUGUAAAACACGCAAACUUUGUGAACUUGUUCUCUGCUACACGCGUGAAAUUCUUCAGGACUCCGCACCUCAUCUAGUAAAUAAAGUAUAUUCCUACCGUGGGGGCUAUGUCGCUGAGGAUAGGAGAAGAAUUGAAAGUGAUUUCUUCAAUGGCAAUAUAUGUGGUGUUGCUGCCACAAGUGCCCUUGAGUUAGGCAUUGAUGUAGGAGAAAUUGAUGUCACACUGCAUCUUGGAUUCCCUGGUAGCAUAGCAAGUAUGUGGCAACAAGCUGGAAGAUCGGGAAGAAGAGGAAAGCCAUCACUUUCUAUAUAUGUUGCAUUUGAAGGGCCAUUAGAUCAGUACUUCAUGAAGUUUCCAAAUAAACUUUUCAGGGGUUCAAUUGAAUGUUGCCAUGUUGAUCCUAAUAAUGAUCAGGUGCUGCAGCAGCACUUGUCAUGUGCUGCUCUUGAACUUCCAUUGAGUUUUAUUCACGACGUGGAUUAUUUUGGUCCUGGCUUAGAGAAUGCUGUCAUGAAACUUAAAAGCAAUGGCAACCUGAGCACUGAUAUGUUGCGUGAUUAUGCUGCUAGAAUGUGGACCUACAUUGGGCAAGAGAGAUCUCCAUCAAGUGCUGUAAGUAUUAGAGCCAUAGAGACUGUGAGAUAUAAAGUAAUUGACAAGCUAAAUGAUAAAGUCCUUGAAGAAAUUGAAGAAAGCAAAGCAUUCUUUCAGGUUUAUGAAGGUGCCAUAUAUAUGAAUCAGGGGAAAACCUAUCUUGUAAAGCAGUUGGAUUUAUCAAGUAAAAUUGCUUGGUGCCUACUAGCUGACGUGAAGUACUAUACAAAAACUCGCGAUUACACAGAUAUUCAUGUGAUUGGUGGUGACAUUGCCUAUCCAGCUCGAAUGGCUAAUGGUCAGUUUGGCAAAACAACUGCCCAGGCACAUAUUUGCAAAGUAACAACUACUUGGUUUGGGUUUCGCCGCAUAUGCCGAAGAAGCAAUCAGGUUAUCGAUACUGUGGAACUCUAUCUUCCGGAUUACACCUAUGAAUCGCAGGCUGUUUGGAUUCGAGUUCCACAAUCAGUAAAGACAGCAGUUGAGGCUUUACAUUACUCAUUUGAUGGCGGAUUACAUGCUGCUGGGCACGCUCUUAUUAAUGUAGUUCCUCUAUUUGUCAUAUGUAACCAAUCUGACAUAGCGUCAGAGUGUGCAAAUCCUCACGAUAGUCGCUAUGUUCCUGAAAGGAUUCUACUUUAUGAUCCUCAUCCUGGAGGGACAGGCAUUUCAAGGAAGCUUCAGCCUCAUUUUCUGGAUAUGAUGACUGCUGCUUUAGAACUGCUUUCGUCAUGCCACUGCUCGGCCGAUGGCGGCUGUCCAAACUGCGUGCAGCAUCUAGGUUGCACAGAGUACAACGAGGUUCUACACAAGGAUGCUGCCAUAAUGAUAAUCAAGGGUGUUUUAGAUGCUGAGCGAUCCAACUUACAGAAAGACGACGAUUCUCCCAUUUGUUGAUUUGCAAGUUUUCAUUGGAAAGAAGGCCAAUUUUUUAUUUUUUUAUUGAUGAUUCCUUCAUUGAUAAUCCUUACUUCAAAUGUUGUUUGAAAUAAGGUGCAACCCUUUGUACAAUGUUGUAACUUUGUCCCCCCCGUCCGCACUGUGCAUAUGUCCUAGAACAAGUAUAAAUUAUUGAAGAAAAGUGAUAUUUAUUCUUUUACUACCUUA